GUUAUGCAAAUAAAGCACCCGGAGGCCCCGCCCCUCGCCCCUUCGCUGAGCCUGCGCGGCGCUGCCAGGCCGCCGGCGUCUCCCGUCUCCGUGUCCCCCGCGGGGCCUGCCGUCCCGUUCGUUCGUCCUGCCGCCCUGGUGACGUCUAAGCGGAGCGGGGGCUCAGACCGUGACAGCCUCGACCCGAGCAAGCUGCGUGGAUGGGGCACUGGACCCAGAGUGCCUACCCUCACCUUCCUGGGCCUCAGUUUCCACAUCUGUGCAAUGGGGUUGACCAUCCCUGCCCUGCUGGCCGCCAGGAGCGGCUGUGAGUCUGUGGGUGUGGCGGAGGCCUGUGGGAAGCCAUAGGGCCCUUUCACAGGCCCCACCCUGGCCGUCCCAUUCCCUCCCCACCUCCACAGGGCCGGUAUUCACCAUGGCAGGAGGGAGACCCCAGUCGAAGAGGAGUUUCUCCAUCAUUCCUUGCUUUGUCUUCGUGGAGUCAGUGCUUCUGGGCAUCGUGGUCCUGCUUGCUUACCGCCUGGAGUUCACGGACACCUUCCCCGUACACACCCAGGGGUUCUUCUGCUAUGACAAUACCUAUGCCAAGCCUUACCCAGGGCCUGAGGCUGCCAGCCGAGUGCCUCCUGCACUGAUCUAUGCCCUGGUCACUGCUGGGCCCACCCUCACGAUCCUGCUGGGGGAGCUGGCGCGUGCCUUUUUCCCCGCGCCACCCUCAGCCAUCCCCAUCAUCGGGGAGAGCACCAUCGUGUCUGGGGCCUGCUGCCGCUUCAGCCCCCCACUGCGGAGGCUGGUCCGCUUCCUGGGGGUCUACUCCUUCGGCCUCUUCACCACCACCAUCUUCGCUAAUGCGGGGCAGGUGGUGACUGGCAACCCUACGCCGCACUUCCUGUCCGUGUGCCGCCCCAACUACACGGCCCUGGGCUGCCCACCGCCCUCGCCCGACAGGCCAGGACCCGACCGCUUCGUCACCGACCAGGGUGCUUGUGCCGGCAGCCCCAGCCUGGUGGCCGCUGCGCGCCGUGCCUUCCCCUGCAAGGAUGCUGCCCUAUGCGCCUAUGCAGUCACCUACACAGCGAUGUACGUGACUCUCGUGUUCCGCGUGAAGGGCUCCCGCCUGGUCAAACCCUCGCUCUGCCUGGCCCUGCUGUGCCCCGCCUUCCUGGUGGGCGUGGUCCGCGUGGCCGAGUACCGCAACCACUGGUCCGACGUGCUGGCGGGCUUCCUGACAGGCGCAGCCAUCGCAACUUUUCUGGUCACCUGUGUCGUACACAACUUCCAGAGCCGGCGGCCCUCUGGCCGAAGGCUCUCCCCCUGGGAGGACCUGGGCCAAGCCCCCACCAUGGACAGCCCCCUCGAAAAGUUAAGUGUUGCCCAGGAACCUGAAGCCUGCAGGCCGCAUUCGACACCGGCACGGCUCACCCCAUCCAAGUCGCAGAACUGUGCCCGCCGUGGCCACCUGAUCCCCAGCUGCGUGUCCUCCAGGGCUCCAGCCAUGUGUUCGUCGCCCCGUGUGCCCCGUCCUCGAUUGAGGUCUGAGCCGACGCCCCUGCCCCUGCCCCUACCCCUGCCAGCACCAACCCCCAGCCAGGGCCCCUCACCCUCCUCCCCUGGGCCUGGGGGGCCGGGUGGGGGUGGCGGACGUGGUCGGAAGUUGCUCCUGCCCACGCCCCUGCUUCGGGACCUGUACACCCUUAGUGGACUCUAUCCCUCCCCCUUCCACCGGGACAACUUCAGCCCUUACCUGUUUGCCAGCCGUGACCACCUGUUGUGAGGCCCCACCGCCCUCCCAGAAUCUGCCAGGUCCCCAUUCCUUCCCUGCCACACGUGUGUGUGCGUGUGCCAUGUGAGUGCCAGAGCCCUCAGUGCACAAACCAGCCCGGCCUAGGCAUUAGAGGCUGGCUGGGAGGACAUUUGGGGAGCCCCCUGCCUCUCUUGCCCUCUGGGAUACCCAAGUGGGCAUAACUGGGAGGGCCCUUGCCCCUAGCAUUGCUCUUUUAAGAGCCAAAACCUGACCCCAUUGGCCAUUGUUCAGCCAAUGGGAGCCCCCAGUUCUAAAAUUUCUACCUAAAAGGAGUUUACUCCAGCCAAUGGGAGCCUCCCCUCAUGUCUUUGACAUCUCAGGCAAGAGGGUAACUCCAGUUAGUGUUCAGCGUCUGAACAACCAAUAGAAGUCCUUGGUUUUCAGAAUUUCUAGGAUGGGUGGGUAUGAUUCCAGUCAAUGGGGGACCGCCAAUGUCUAAGAACGAGCAAGGGAGGAGAGGGAGAUGGGGUCAUCCCUUGUCAUCGGGUCCUCUCUCAGAUUCCAGAGAGUCCAGCUAGAGCAUGGGGGGCAGGCUCCCCCAUGGCAGGGUCCUUGGGGCACCCCUUCCUCUCUCAGGCCCUCCCCCAUGUGCAAUCCCUCACUCAGUCCCUCCUAACUCCCAACUUAUGCAGGGCUUGCCCCAGUUCAGAGGUUUUGGGGUUCAGGGUGCUGUGUCUCCCCUUGUCUGUUCCCAGGUCACUCCAAACCCUCCUGUUAUUAGGGCUAUGGGAAGGGACUUUUUUUUGCCUUGGAAUCUGCCCUUGUUCUUUCCAGUGCCCCCCAUCCUGGGCCCCAGCCUCCUGCAGACGUGCCAUCAUGCGGGGGCAUGAGUGGAGCAGAGAGGGCUCCCCUGCCCCAGGCAGCCAAAGGCAGUGGGCAGAGGAGACACUGCCCCCCUUUCCUGCCCCCUCCUUAUCUUUAAUAAAGACCUGUUUGUA